CCGGCCUCCGAGAAACAGCGGAAGAAGCUGCUGGCCAAGGUAUCCGGCACCAUUCCCAAGUGGCCUCAAAAGCCCUGGACUGCACUGUACGACAUGAGAAAGCUCUUCAAAUCAGGCCUUGACGAACCGAUGUGCGCCGCUGUAUGGCGGGAUGACGUCUGGUUCGGACAGCAGCGGCUCGAGGGUGUCUGCCCUCGCUUGAUCCGCGCCUGCUCCAAACUGCCCGACAAACUGGCGGUGACGGAGGCGCAGCUGUUGCCGGCGCUGGAAGGCGGCACGCUUUCCGACUGUCUGGCGCACGGCCGGCUCUUCACCGUUGACCUUGGCCUCCUGCACGGACUACGCGACAUCAACGGUCACGAGAUGGUGGCUCCGGUCGGCCUGUUUCUGCUGAACCGAGCCGGCGAGCUAGUGCCGCUGGCCAUACAGCUCUUCCAGAGGCCAGGACCCAACAAUCCGGUGUUCCUAUCGACCGACAAGGGCUACGUGUGGACAGUCGCCAAGAUGUUCUUUAAUAUGGCCGAAGCCCAGUACCAGUACGGCUUUCUGUAUCGAGGCGUCUGCGUGGAAAUGAUGAGCUACGUGGCGCAGUGUACCGAACAGCUCCUGUCACCCUCUCACCCGAUCUACAAGCUGCUGGCGCCUCACCUGACUCCGAUGCUGGCGGCGUCGCAUGCGGCUUCCAAGACCAUGGAUGCAUGGCUGGACAAAUGCACCACAAUGGGAGCCAAGAGUCUGCAGGACGUCAUGACAAAGGGCCUGAGCCGGUACCGGCUGGACAAGCACGGCAACGUGGCGAGGGAGCUGCACAGCCGCGGUGUGAGCAGCCGCGAGCGCCUGCCCCGCUACGGCUACCGGGACAGCGCGCUGCCGCUGCACCGACUGCUGCACAGCUACGUCAGCACCGUCGUCGCGCACUACUACACGUCGGCCGAGAAGAUCCGGCAGGACCACGAGAUGCAGUCGUGGCGAGCGGACGUGGCGCGGCAGGUUGGCGGCGUGCCAGGUCACCAGAGUCUAGGCUUCAGGUCGGUAGGAGGAGAUAUCCGACAUGGUGACCUCUCUGCUAUCCAUCUGCACCAUCGAGCACAGCGCCCUCGCCAACACCGCCUACGACCAGAUGGGCGUCAUCCUCAACUACCCGCUGAAGCUGACUCGACCGCCACCAACCACCAAGGAUGCGCUGUCCGUGGAGAACGUGCUGAGCUACCUGCCGGACCGCGAGAUCGCGUUGGAGCAGCUGGUGACAGCCAGACUGCGCUCUGCGCCCGUCUCCUUCCCGCUGGCGCAGUACCGCACCAGCUACACAUACGACCCGCCGGCCCUCGAGGCGCUCGAGGAGUUCCGGGAGCACCUCCGCAUGAUGUCAGGUCGGCUUCAGCAGCGCCACAAGGACGUCAAGUUGCCGUACCGCGCCCUCGACCCCGACCGGGUGGCAAACUUCCCCAGGGUCGUCUGACGCCUUGUGAUGCGUGCCAGCAGCUAUGUGCCGCUCAGAAUGAGUGUGCUGUUGCGUGAUCCGCUGGAUUUCUGACGAUUUUAUCAGAGUGUAGGAUGCAGGAAUAACUUGUGUGCUUUGUUCUAUGUAGAACCUAUCCAGUUGCACCCUUUGACCUAUGGGGAAGAACCCAGCAUAACGUCUGAACGUCGCGGAGAUAUCGCGAUGCUUUCAGGCUCUGUUUCUCCGACCUAUACGGUAUACGCAUCUUAAUGGUUAUAACUUGGUUCAACUGCCUUCAUUGCAUAUUUAAACGGUGUCGAUGUGCAGUCUGCAAUUGUCUGCAUGGCGAUGAGAUUGCCUUUUCGUCGCGACCCUCGUUGUGCCGCGAAUAGAUCGAGGCCCGGCCUUCA